AUGGAAUGGGAGAAAAUUAACGAUGAGGCCAUCCACGCGAUACGCAGAGAACAUGGGAUUACAAGUCAGGAGGAAGCGAGGAAAUGGGCCAUGGACAAAAACAAUUUCUUCCUAGUAGGCAACAAAAUCAUAAGUUUAGCGGAACAAACGAGAAUAUUCCAGGAAUAUACGACCCUAAACGAUGAUUUUAAAAAAAGAUUGGAGAAUGAAAAUCGCUACCAAGACGAAAAGAAGAUCGGUGAAAAAAGACCGAUGUUAGAAUCUCCGAAGAAAGAGGAGGAACCUUCAGAUCUUGACCAGUUUGAUGAAGAGAACAGUAUUCUUGAGGAGUGCUGGACAACAAAUUAUCAACUUGAGGAAGGACAAAAAAUCCAGUUUACGAUGUUUGAUGAAGAAAAAGAAGAAGAAGCAGAACCUACGGCAUCACCAUCAAAAAAGAAUAGUGGAAAGAAAAAGAAGAAGAAGAAGAACAACAAGAAGUGA